AUGCUGUGGCUAUUCCUCCUCGGGGUGGUCACAAGCAGAUGUCUGCAUGAUGAGGCCCAGAAGUCUGUAAGGCUUCUCGGGCCCCCUUCUUCCCAACUGCCCACCGACUCCCGCUCCAUGACCAUUCCUCUCCCUGUGUUUCGUGAGCCUCAACCCCUUCGAAUCCAAAUCGACUAUUCAGGAGAUCCUUGGAAUCCUGAGGGGGAUGGAAUGAGAGGGGAAUCCCGAGCGCUGGCCGCAGUGAGAGAGGCUACUCAGCGAAUUCAGGGUUUCCUAGCAGUACAAGGACCUCUGCUUCUAAGCCGAGAUCCUACACAAUACUGCCAUGCUGUCUGGGGAGACCCAGACACCCCAAACUACCACAGGUGCAGCCUCUUGAACCCAGGGUACAGAGGAGAGAGUUGCCUUGGGGCAAAGGUGCCUGAUGCCCAUCUCCGUGGUUAUGCCUUGUGGCCACAGCAUGGUUUGCCACAACUAAUACAGCCAGACGGCCCUGGAGUCCAAAACACUGAUUUUCUCCUGUAUGUGCGGGUUGCCCACACUUUCAAGUGUCACAAGGAGGUGAGGUUCAAAACAAAUCCCUUUCCCUGCUCUGCCUCUCAAUUUUAAGUCUUGUGAGGGGAAGAUAGGAAGACAGCAGUUUUAUUAAGUUGUGCUUUAAGGGGGGGAAGUUUGGGGCAUACUCCAUCGCUCUGUAUUCCUUCACUUCUCACCCUACCUUCUCCUGCCUGUUCGCAGCCCUCUGUCAUAGCCUAUGCUGCCUGCUGCCAGCUGGACUCAGAAGACAGACCCCUCGCUGGUACCAUUGUCUACUGUGCCCAGCAUCUCACCAGCCCCAGCCUCAGCCAUGGUGACAUCGUCAUGGCCACACUGCAUGAAUUGCUUCAUGCUCUGGGUUUUUCUGGACAGCUCUUCAAGAAGUGGCGGGAUUGCCCCUCAGGACUAGGUGCUAGAGAGAAUUGUUCUACAAGGAAACAAGUAACAAGGCGAGAUGAGUGGGGCCAGCUGCUUCUUACCACCCCAGCUGUUAGCCACAGCCUGGCCGAACACUUGGGAGUCCCAGGGGGUUCACAGGGUGCUCCUUUGGAAGAGGAGGGCCCUUUGUCUUCCCACUGGGAGUCCAGAUUACUCCAGGGUUCUAUAAUGGCUGCUACCUUUGAUGGUGCCCAGCGCACUCGACUUGACCCAAUAACUCUUGCUGCGUUCAAAGAUUCCGGCUGGUAUCAGGUCAACCUCAGUGCUUCAGAAGAGCUGUUGUGGGGCCGGGGCUCUGGCCUAGAAUUUGGCCUGGUGACCACAUGUAGGAAUGACUCGUCAGACUUCUUCUGCACUGGCAGUGGGCUGGGCUGCCACUACCUGCACCUAGACAAGGGAAGCUGCUCCUCAGACCUGAGGCUAGAAGGCUGCCGCAUGUACAGACCCUCUGCCAACGGGAGUGAGUGCUGGAAGGAAGAAAACGGACUCUCACCUGGAGCAGAGAAUCCCCAUGGGGAAAUCUACCAUCCCCAGAGCCGUUGUUUCCUUGCCAACCUCACUUCCCAAGUCCUCUCUGAAGACAAGACCAGCCAUCCCAACCAAAUCCUGUAUCUCAGGCAAGAAGAGCUCAAUGGCCGUUGCUAUUUACAUCAAUGUACACAGGACGGAGCAUACGAAGUGAAGGUGGAGGGAUCACCUUGGAUCUCCUGCCUGCCAGGAAAGGCUAUUCAGGUGCCUGGGUACCACGGUCUCCUCUAUUGUCCCCAAGGUCGGCUAUGUCAAAGUCAUGAAGGCACCCAUGCUGUUACUUUUCCAUCUGUAAGCUUAUCAACCCAAGACCUGCUGUUCCAGCUGUCUUUAGGACAUACUGAGAUGCCAGCCCGUUUCCUGGGGAUGGAACAGAGAGCAGAGCUGGCCGAAGCAAUACUGCAGGCUCUGGUGAAGAGAGGUGGCACUGGAAGGUGCUACUUCCACAGCCCAUCAAUCACCACUAGUUUGGUGUUCACUGUACAAAUGUGGAAUUCCCCUGGCUGCCGAGAGCCUUCGGUUGCUAUGCUGUACAGGACCCUGACCCUGACUCUUCAGGAGAAGCCCCUGGAAGUACACCAUGGAGAAGCCAGCUUUACCAUAGAGUAUUACAAGCUGCUGACCACCUCGGACCCUAACCCCUCCAUGAACCACCUAUUUCUGUCCCUGGGACUCUGCCUACUACUGUUAAUUCUGAUGGGUACACUGGGAACUCUGGCCUAUCAGAAACGAGCUACACGUCAGAGCAACAGGAGCAGCACAGGAAGACCUGCUACCAGCUCCAAGGGCACCAUCGUGCUUUAG